AUGAUAUCGCAGCUCAGGUACCAUGACUGGACCGUACACGGCAGUCGAUCGAGUUUGGCGGCGGGUCCCCCCUGGAGCGUGACCGGACUGAUUCGGAGUCGCGGAAAGCACCCCACGUUCACGCCCCCCUCUCCAAUUUCUCCACUUCACUGUGCGAACGCGGUAGAAAGGCAGUACCAUCCAUGGUACUACCAUGUGGCACGCCGUAAACGCGAAUGCAAAGAAUUUCGAACGCGAGUCACUCAGAUCGUCGAGUCGUUCUCACCACCGCAUCCGCACUGGCAUCUCUUGCCUCCACACUACAUUCAUAGACACACGUAUUGUUGCAUCCUUGCACUCUUUACUGGUGACAGCAUCCAUUCAUUCUUUCCGUCGUCGUCGUCGCUGCACCUCAUUGCCAUGCCACGUUCGUACGCUUCGCUCCCGGGCGUUUCCGGGAUGUUGCUAGUCAUUCUGAUCGCGUCGGAUCGCUCGUUGCAAUCCACAGCGUGGCAAUUAAAUACAAAUCUGGAACCUAGCGCCACCGGGUCGACCCUGCACCGGCGUCAUGCGAUUGAACGCAUGGUGUCGGGUGCUGCGGUGCUAGGUGGAUUGGGCGGGGGACUCGGGACGGUACACGCCGCCGUACCGUCAAACGGACUCACCUUUGACUCGUACCGGGUCGUUCCCGAUUCCACUGCCGCACUUAAUCCUAGUCUGUUGCCCAUUCAGAAGGCGGAUUUUCUGCAAACAAUAUCGUCGCGCAACGGCGGAGCCUUGUGGUUGGGCGAGCACCACAACUCCGUCAAGGACCACAAUUUGCAAGUCGACAUUCUCCGCCAAGUGCAUCAACUCCGCCAAGCCACCGGGUCCCCCACAGCGGUAGGACUGGAACAGGUACAGAUUAAGUUUCAGCCUGUUCUGAACGACUACCUGGCCGGGAAGAUAUCCGCCGCCGAAAUGCGUCAACGCGUUGAAUGGGACACGCGCUGGAUGUGGCCGUUCGAAGUGUACGAGCCCGUUUUUGCCACGGCCAAGGAAUUGCGUAUGCCUCUAGUGGCACUCAACGUCAAUUCAGAAGAUUUGGUACUCGUCGAAAAAGGAGGUCUACCGGGGUUGCCGAGUGAACGACUCCGGCAGUAUAUUAGUGACGCACCUGGUUUUGCAGCCUUUGCCAAGCCUCGUGAAUUCGGAACCUAUGUCGACUACGUUAUCCGACCCUCCUACGAUCUACAUGAAGCAAUGGGUCUGCUCAAGUACAGCAUGUCGGGGGAAAAGUUGGAUGAGCCCAUGCCCUUUCGCAAUUUCUUCAGCGGGAGAAUUUUGUGGGACGAAGCUAUGGCGAACGCCGCCUACUCCUGGACCAAGGCGAAUCCCGGUGGACUCCUCGUGGGUUUGGUAGGGGCGGAUCACGUCAAGUUUCGCAACGGAAUUCCGGGGCGAUACGCCCGGCUUGCGCCGAAUGACGCCGCGUGUGUUUCAGUUCUGCUGAACCCGACAUUGAUUGAUACGCGACCGUCGGGCACGGUAGGCAUGGAGGGUGCCGUUUCGGAUCGUCCGGAAACCAUUACUCUGCAAAUCCGUUAUUUGAAAGAUGACGUACAAUUUGAUUCCCCGGAACGAACCUUGCCAUCGUCAACGGGUGGUGUCCUGGCUCUCGCCGAUUACUUGGUGGUAGGUUGA